GCUGGCCUGAGUGUGUGGAACUCCAGUCGCCUUUAAGCAUGGCUUCAGAAGCCCACACCUGGCAAUCACUCCCCCAACUCCCUUGCCCCUCCACGGCAGGUUCCAUUUGGGAAACUCUCCAGUCGGUCAUUAGAGGAAUGAGCCGAGAGUGAGCCGUUCAUCAGCUCGCCAGCGCUUGGUGAAAAGCAGCAAAGCAAGGAUGGAUGUGGACAGCCUUCUCUUGAAUGGAAGCAACACGACGCCUCCCUGCAAACUGGGGAUCGAAAACGAGACGCUUUUCUGCUUGGAUCAGCCCCAUGCUUCCAAAGAGUGGCAGCCAGCCGUGCAGAUUCUCUUGUACUCCCUGAUAUUCCUGCUCAGUGUGCUGGGAAACACGCUGGUCAUUACGGUGCUGAUUCGGAACAAGAGGAUGAGAACGGUCACCAACAUCUUCCUGCUCUCCCUGGCUGUCAGUGACCUCAUGCUCUGCCUCUUCUGCAUGCCGUUCAACCUCAUCCCCAACCUGCUCAAGGAUUUCAUCUUUGGGAGCGCUGUCUGCAAGACCACCACCUACUUCAUGGGCACCUCUGUGAGCGUCUCCACCUUUAAUCUGGUAGCCAUAUCGCUGGAGAGAUAUGGUGCAAUUUGCAAACCCUUACAGUCCCGCGUCUGGCAGACAAAAUCCCACGCUUUGAAGGUGAUUGCCGCUACCUGGUGCCUCUCCUUUACCAUCAUGACUCCGUACCCGAUUUAUAGCAACUUGGUGCCUUUUACCAAAAAUAACAAUCAGACCGCGAACAUGUGCCGCUUUCUACUGCCGAAUGAUGCCAUGCAGCAGUCCUGGCACACCUUCCUGUUACUCAUCCUCUUUCUUAUUCCUGGAAUUGUGAUGAUGGUGGCAUAUGGAUUAAUCUCUCUGGAACUUUACCAGGGAAUAAAAUUUGAUGCUAGCCAGAAGAAGUCUGCUAGAGAAAGGAAGCCGAGCCCCGGCAGCAGCGGCAGAUACGAGGCCAGCGAUGGGUGUUACCUGCAGAGGUCCAAGCACCCAGGGAAGCUGGAGCUGCGGCAGCUGUCCAGCAGCGGCGGCGGCAGGUUCAGCCGCAUCAGGAGCAGCAGCCCCGCGGCCAACCUGGUGGCCAAGAAGCGGGUGAUCCGCAUGCUCAUGGUCAUCGUGGUUCUCUUCUUCCUCUGCUGGAUGCCCAUCUUCAGCGCCAACGCCUGGCGGGCUUUUGACACCGCCUCUGCCGAGCGCCGCCUCUCCGGGACCCCCAUCUCCUUCAUCCUCUUGCUCUCCUACACCUCCUCCUGCGUCAACCCCAUCAUCUACUGCUUCAUGAACCAGCGGUUCCGCCUCGGCUUCAUGGCCACGUUCCCCUGCUGCCCCAGCCCUGGUCCCUCAGGAGCGAGAGGAGAGGCGGGGGAGGAGGUGGAAAGCAGGACCACCCGGGCCUCUCUGUCCAGGCGCUCGUACAGCCACGCGAGCGCCUCUGCCCCGCCCCCGUGAGCUGUGCCCUGGCCGCCAGCGCCGAAGGAUGGAGCGGGCACCGAGGGAGGCAGCAGAGAAGGAGGAAAAAGAAAGCAGGAGGAAGAGAAAGCGGGAAGUGAAGGAGCAGGGAGGCGCCAUCCCCAGUGGGAACUAUCCCUUGUCUGCUUGGCAUCCUUCCUCCGGGUGCCAGGGGAACACGACUAGGGCGGGGCCGGGACUGGGUUUCCAGGCAGCUCCAGGCAGGCAGUUUCCAUACCAGUCACCAUUAG